AUGCGUACCCUUCUGCUUCAAUCGUUGUUUCCCUUGCUCUUGAUCACUUCCUUUCUUUCGAUCAACGUUGAGUCGAGUCUAAGCCAGGAUGAUCUACCAUAUGCAAACUGCGGCGAAGAUAUUAACUGCGGUGGCAUCAGACUCUCAUACCCGUUUCGGGGAGUAAACCGAGCUAAUUACUGUGGUCCGCCAGGGUUCGAUGCGGAAUGCCUAGAGAAUGUCCCCAUGAUCAGCAUAUCGAGUAUCAACUACAGAAUUCUCAAAACCAACUAUAGUGCUCCCUCUGUUACAGUUGCCAGGCAGGACUAUUGGGGAACUAUCUGUCCUCAGACUUAUGUCAACACCAACAUCAACUUCUCUCUGUUUGAUUAUACUUCUGGGCUUACAAACCUGACCUUUUACUAUGGGUGUGCAAGUAUAAAUAUCCCGGGGCUUAACUCUAGUUCCCAACCUUGCGAUACAAACAACGACCAUGUUACGUAUGUCGUGGGAAGUCUCCCAUUUGAUCCCGUCGUUAACGGUACCUGUAAAAAUGGGGUCAGUAUUCCCGUUUUCACGACAGCUGCUCUGGCUCUAGAGGCCAAUCGAACAACUAUCAAGGAAGUGGUAGAUGGGGGCUUUGAAUUGGGAUUGCAGAUCAAUAAUACUCAAUGCACCAAUUGUGUAGAAUCAGGAGGGAAGUGUGGACUUAACACGAAAAAUGGUGGAUUCAGUUGCUUUUGCCUCGAUCAGACCUAUGCAAUCGUAUGUAAUGCAACUGCACCCGGAGCAGAAGGUAUGCCUGUCCCUUGUCAUUCUCUUAUAAAUUACAGAAUUGAAUUCCAGGAUUGGUGGCAUCCACAGUUUUUUUAUUACAUCCUAGACAGCUACCUAGGUGUGUGUCAUUAG